CCCCAGACCCGCAGCUCCGGGGGCUCGCGGCGCCUCCGACUGCUCCUCGCCGGCUCCGCGGCCGAGGUGGCGGCGACAGGCGGCCGCCGCAUCCCGCCCGCGCCCGCCCCGGGGCCCCCUACCCGGCGGCCCGCCGAGCCAUGUCGUUGAGCCCCAAGCAGACGACGCCCUUCUCCGUGUCCGACAUCCUGAGCCCCAUCGAGGAGACCUACAAGAAGUUCAGCGGCGCCAUGGACGGCGCGCCGCCCGGCCUGGGGGCGCCCCUGGGGGCCGCGGCCGCCGCCUACCGCGCGCCGCCGGGCCCCCCCUCGCAGGGCCUGCAGCCGCACCCCAUGGCCGGGCACAACGCGGCGGCGGCGGCGGCGGCAGCAGCGGCGGCGGCCGCCACCUACCACAUGCCGGCGGGCGUCUCGCAGUUCCCGCCCGGCGCCGUGGGCGGCUACUGCAACGGCGGCCUGGGCGCCAUGGGCGAGCUGCCCGCCUACGCCGACGGCAUGCGGGGCGGCGCGGCCGCGGGGGCCGCCGGCUGGUACGGAGCCAACGCGGACCCGCGCUACUCGUCAAUUUCCAGGUUCAUGGGGCCGUCGGCGGGCGUGAACGUGGCCGGCAUGGGGCCGCUGGCGGGCAUCGCGGACGCGGCCAAGUCGCUGGCGCCCUUGCACGCGGCGGCGGCGGCGGUGGCGCCGCGCAGGAAGCGCCGCGUGCUCUUCUCGCAGGCGCAGGUCUACGAGCUGGAGCGGCGCUUCAAGCAGCAGAAGUACCUGUCGGCGCCCGAGCGCGAGCACCUGGCCGGCAUGAUCCACCUGACGCCCACGCAGGUCAAGAUCUGGUUCCAGAACCAUCGCUACAAGAUGAAGCGCCAGGCCAAGGACAAGGCGGCGCAGCAGCUGCAACAGGACGGCGGCCUGGCCCCGCCGCCGCCGCUGCCGCCGUCCCCGCGCCGCGUGGCCGUGCCCGUGCUGGUCAAGGACGGCAAGCCGUGCCAGAACGGGGCCCCGGGCCCGCCGACGCCCGGCCAGGCCGGCCCGCAGCCGCCCGCCCCGACGCCCGCGCCCGAACUGGAGGAGCUGUCGCCCAGCCCGCCCGCGCUGCACGGCCCCGGGGGCGGCCUGGCGGCCCUGGACGCGGCCGCGGGGGACUACGGCGGCGGCGGCGGCGGCGUGCUCGGGGCCAACCUGCUCUAUGGCCGGACGUGGUGACCGCGCGGGCGCCCUGGGCGGGGUCCUGCCCGAGGCCUGCGGGCUUUGCAGGACGUGGCGAGGAUGGAUGGAGGAGACGUGCCCACGCGGGCUUCUGUGUCUGCGGCUACGGAAACGCACACACGGGUCACGGAGGGGGGCCGUCUCGGAACCGCUGCUGCGGGCGGGAGACAGCAGCAGCCCCAGGACCGAAUGAUGUGACAUGCCAGGAGGUUCUGCGGUGGCGAUCUCCUCCUUCCAGAAGUUCCAAAUGAUGCGAAAAGCUGGCUGAGUCCACACCCACCACAUUCCUAGCCAAAGCUCUCUUGAGUUUUAAGUGUUGGAGACUUUGUUGGUGUUUGUAGUUCUAAAAAUCAACCCAGCUUUAACAAUGAAUCUUUUUGAAAGUGGAAUUUAUCUUGGGAGAUUAAUUUUUGAAGAGCACCCCCUCCCCUUAAGUGCAAUUUCAUUAAUGUUGGAAAGUAAAUUGGUGGAUCAUGCACAUAGAAACAUUAUUGCAGAGGAAUUAUUAAAUGGAAUAAAAGUAAUCAAAAUACUGCUUAUAUGGAUUGACAGAGCUCUUUAAAUUUAAUGCUGAUUUUAAAAUGUUUUGAUCAUUAUUUGGCAAAUGAGUGUUUGCGUAUUACCCUAAAACAAGGCCCCCUUCCCACCUCCAGCCAUGCGGUUCAUCGUGGAGGGCUAUAAACUAUUUUUUAUAUGGAAUCUGGUCUCCCCAAAUCAACUGAUAAAAUAAAUACACUCAUUCUUCUGUAGACAUAUUACUUACUCUUUCUAAGAUAUUUGCUUGUCUGAUUUUGAAUACCUUGAUUAAAUGCUAGGGAAAGCAAACACAAUUGCUAAAAUUGACAUCAAUUUAUAUUUCAAAGCAUGCCAAGAAGAAGGAAGAGAGUAAGGUAAUUUAUUGAAUUGUAGCCAGGAUGUAAAGAAUAAGUAACUAAAAUUUGUAUAAUUUUUCCAUCAUAUUAGAA